GACAAGGGGCUUUGACAAGGGUAGCUUCGGCAGUGAUGACGGACGAGGACUCUGAGACUUCUGCCAGCGAGGCGCAAGCCCAGAAUGAGAGCGAGCUGCCUGUUAUUCAGCUGUGUGGGCUGGUGGAAGAGCUCAGCUAUGGAAACUCUGCUCUCAAAACUGAGACAGAGAUGUUUGAAAAAUAUUACAAUAAAUUGGAGCCCAGGGACCAGCGACCUCCACGAUUAUCAGAACUUAAAAUAUCAGGAGCAGAAAUUGCACAGUUACGAGGCAGGCGUAGAUCCAAAUCCCGCAUAAGUCUGGGACGUGUAACAGGCCUCAGCGUGGACCAGAAAUUCAAGCUUGUGCAAAAAGAGCUGGACGACACAAAGAGUGAAAUAAGGCACAUAAGGGCAAACGCCGAGAGGGACCUGCAGCAUCACGAGGCUAUCGUUGAGGAAGCUGAAAUUCGGUGGACCGAAGUUCAGAGAGAAGUGCAUGAGUUUGAAAAAGAUAUUCUAAAGACCAUAUCCAAGAAGAAAGGGAGUAGUUUGGCCACUCAGAAAGUGAUGAAGUACAUUGAGGACAUGAACCGCCGGAGGGAUAAUAUGAAGGAUAAAUUAUGUUUGAAAAAUGUCUUUCUCAAAGUCCAGAGGAAAAAGGUGCUUUUACAAUUGAGGCAGAAGGAAGAGGUGGGAGAGGCCCUCCACGAUGUUGACUUUCAGCAGCUGAAGAUCGAGAAUGCUCAGUUUUUAGAGACGAUUGAAGCAAAGAAUCAAGAACUGAUCCAGCUGAAGCUGGUAUCCGGAAACACCCUGCAGAUCCUUAACACAUACAAAAGCAAGCUACACCGAGCCAUGGAAAUGUCCCUCAAUCUGGACAAAGAGUUCUUGUUGAGAAAAGAGUUACUCGAAAAAGUUGAAAAAGAAACCCUGCAAGUAGAGGAGGACCGGGCCAAGGCCAUGGCUCUGAACAAGCAGCUCCGGAAGCAGCUGUCUGAGUUCCGAGCGCCACAGGUGAUGAUGUACGUCCGGGAGAAGAUCCGAAACAGGGACCUGGAGAAGACCAUCAGGAUGUGGGAGAGGAAAGUGGAGAUUGCAGAGAUGUCCUUAAAAGGCUACCGCAAGGCUUGGAAUAAAAUGAAAAUCACCAAUGAGCAGUUGCAGGCAAUUUGCCCCGCUGGGAAAUAGCCAGAGGGAGGCGACGGCUGCCGACCAAGAAGUGAUCCAUUAAAGUAAUCAGCUCCUCUCUAGUCAUGGGGUCCUCUCACUGUUCCCUGUGCUGGCUGGUGUCCCCAAUUCUCCAGCCAGGCUGCUGGUCUCCUCCCAGGCCACAUCGGCCCCCGGGGAGUGUUUUCGCAGCCUGGCUCUGGGAACCAUAAACACUGAAAGAACCACAGGGCACUCUAAUGGUUUGAUACUUGUUAGACCACAUUUAGUUCACAAGCACACAUGAAAAUGACCUUCCCGCAUGUGGGAGUGGGACAGAGGAGGGAGAGCCAGCCCCGUCUGUACUGUGGGCCUGUCCGUGGCAGCCCAGCUGUGCAACUCUCAAAAAGAGACACCAAAACAGCGUGGUGAAUGCCUGGCACUCAGCAUUCUGAGCUUCCUCUUCUAGCUCCUAGACUAAGAUACCAUUACCAAAGAAAACAAGCACAAAGGAAAAUAAGAUAAUUUCUUGGGGCUGAUGUAACCUGUUCUGGCCUGAUAGAGACCCGCCCUCCCCAACCUCCCCACCGUAGUAGUCAUAGUACAUGGGUUGGAUGGCCACCUCAGACUUGUCUGACUCCCUCAGACCCUUUUCCCUAAAGUCUAGACUCACUGGAGUGCCAUUUGCCAUUUGUGACCAUGAAUGCAUGGUGGCCCUUUUUUGUCCUUGGAAGUGUGGU